CCUGGUCCCGCUGGCACUGCCGGUCUCGCCGGCACUGCCGGUCCCGGUCCGCGCCGUCCUGCCAGCGCCGGUACACAGGCUCCCCACUCCUCUCCAGCACAAUGGCCUGCCAAGAGAGCGAGUACCUGGAUGACCAGAAGAAAUGUGUCCCCUGCAGAAAGUGCAUGCCUGGGCAGGAGCUUUCCAAGGACUGCGGCGACGGCAGCGGUGGGGACGCGCAGUGCGUGGCCUGCCCUCCCAGGAAAUUCAAGGACCGCUGGGGACACCACGGCUGCAAGCCCUGCCUGUCCUGCGCCCUCAUCAACCGCCUCCAGAAGUCCAACUGCACGGCGACGGCCGACGCGGUGUGCGGGGAGUGCCUGCCAGGGUUUUACCGGAAAGCACGGAUCAGCGGGCAGCUGGAAUGGGAGUGCAUCCCCUGCACCAAGCAGACGCCCUCCUCCGAGCCACAGUGUCGCUCCAGAACUAACCUGGUGAAGGUGGCCAUUCCCACUGUACCACCACAGGACACGGCCCUUCUUGCACUGACCAGCAGCGCCCUGAUCAUCAUCGUCCUGGUGCUUCUGGCACUCUCCAUCAUCUACUGCAAGCGGUUUUGGAAGAGCCAGUGCCAGCGAGUCUUCCUGAGGACUCAGAACUUCUCGGGCCAGCGAGCAAUGUUCCCGACCGCAGCGGCGCCCGGCAGGUUCCUGUGUGAGGAGCAGAUGUCUGGUCCCUGCUGCCUGGGUGUGAAGAACCUGAGCCCUUGCUACAGGCAGGCAGAAGGCCCUGUGGAAGUGGUGCAGUUCGUUUCAGACGGGGAAGCUGUGGGUCUCCAGCUCCCCUCUCUCCAGCCAGAGAUGGACUUGCCGCCGGCCAUUGUGGUCAGCGCUGCCUCCAAGGCCCAGCUGGGCAGGAGCCUCCUGGAAAGCCAGCCCCUCAUCCGGGCCUCGGGCCAUGGUGACUGCCUGGCCGGGGUCCUGCCGCCCCCCGCCCCAAGGCAGGGCCAGCCAGGCACGGUGGAGGCCCUGGCCCCCCUCUCCUCUUGCGCCUCCGAGAUGCAGCACAAGUGGCCACAUGCACCAGUGGAAUGCACCGAGCUGGACCUCCAGAAGUUUUCCACCCAGGCAGAGUUUGUGGGCAGCGAGCGGCCGGACGAUGCAACGAGCCAGGCAGUGAAGAGGAUCCCGGCAGAGAGCAGUGGUGUGGUGCAGGAGGGGGCCCAUCACUUGCCCCCCACCUUCCCAAAUCCCAUUGCUGAUAUCCCCCCUGGGGAGCGGCUGGUGGAUGAUGCCCAGAGCCUGGUGACUCAGAUCAGCAGCGCAGCCAAGGGUCUCCUAAUAGCGGAGCUGCCGCAUUCCUUGGUGCAGUCACUCGCCUUCUUGUUGGACCCUUCCUUGAACGGUGUGAAGAACUUCGGCCACGUGGCACUGGAGCUGGGGCUCGUGCCCCAGUUGCUGGGACGGAUCUCAGGGUUCGAGCAGCUCGUCGCACACUUCACGUAUGUGGGAGCCGCUGUGACCGUCCCGCUGCUGGCACAGGCGCUGCAGCGGCUCCAGCGCUUCGACGCCUUGCUCCUGCUCUGUGACCACUUCACACUCAGCCCAGCGACAGACCACCAGCACUAGAGGACGCGGAGGGAUGAGGAAAGCUCUGUGCACUGUUGGUGUGCGAGAGGAUCCAGUGGCCUUCAGUCAUGUAACUUCCCCGGUGUGCAUGGGGGCAGAGCAUGGAGACGGUCUUUGCAUCACGGAAUGGAAGGAUGCGAGGGGUUCUGGGAAGCACGGCUGUGCCUGCUCCCAGCUCCAUGUGGGAGGGCUCACUCAGGCCCCUCCAGAAGCUGUUAUUCUUUGGCUGUGACACCCUUGGUCACUGUGCUGCCCGUGAUGCAGUGCUCUGGCUCUGCAGUGAGGCCUGUCCUGCCCCAGUCUUUCCGUGGGGUCCCUCAGCCAUGGGGCUCGGUCUCCAUGGGCAACACCCUCCUAUGGGCCUAGCCAUCGCCUCCCCUCCAUUCCAGCUUUUCUGUCCUUCCUCUGGUCUGUGCUUUCCUAGGUGCCAGAUGCCACUUUCCCAGUUUGCUUUUUGGUUGUUUCUCUUCCUCCAUGCUGGGAUUUCCUCAGCAGAGGACCUGGCCAUGGCUCACGUGCCGGGCUCCAGCCUUUGCCUCUCUGUGCCACCCUGGCACCUUCCCCUUUGUGUCUAUUUGUCCUGGCAGGACUCUCAGACUGAUCCCCAGGAUGAGCUGGUGUACAUCUUUGUCCUGGGGCUGUGGCUGCUGGCCCGGGACAGGUGCUGGCUCACUCCCGGGCUCCUGCCAUGCCCACAGCCAUCUGCUGCCCAUCGCCUCCAAGGCUUUGGGGUGGCACAGGGCAGCAGGGGCAGGGUCGCUGCACUGCUUUGCCCUGGGGAGUGGGUGGCAGCUGGGGGCUGUGGUUGCAGUCAGUGAUGAUGUCCCUGUGCCAGCCACAGCAGGGCCAGCUCCUUUUAAAAUAUUUUUCUUUUUUUUUUUUUUCCUGCCUAUAAAUGGCCUGAUUUCUCAUUCCUGGGAGUUGCUACUGGGGAGGGGAGAGAGACCUUCUGCUUCUAGUUUCAUCCUGAGGGAUUUGUCAGAGUUUGCCGUGGCCCCGCUGCCACUGAGUGCCCCAGUUUCUGUUGCUGUACCCGGGGCUGAGGGCUGGAGGUGGUCAGGCUGUUCUCUGUCAGCGGCCC